AUGGGCGGCGGAACAUCACUAUGGGCUUCUCCCGACUGGAAGAAGGACCCAAGGGAGAUCUUCAACUCCAAGCUUCUUCUGUUAGGCAUCACAAUAGCCUUUGCGGGAUGUUCAUAUGGCUUUGACCAAGGAAAUAUCGGAGGCAUCAUGACGUUUCCAUCAUUUCGGCGGGCCUUCGGCUUUGAUACUAUCAGUGAAGAAGAGGCGAAUACGCGAGAGGGAAAUAUAGCCGCCAUGCUGGCUGCCGGUGGUACUGGAGGUGCUUUGCUAGCAGCGCCUCUGUCCGAUUUCCUUGGGAGGAAGAAAGCUGUCACGUCAAUGGCCGCUCUGUUCCUCGUUGGCUGCUCGAUGCAGGAGGUUCCCAACUUGAACGUUCUUUACGCCGGGAGACUCUUGGCUGGUGUGGCCAUCGGAGCGACCUCCAUGUUGGCUCCCCAGUACCUGGCAGAAAACUCCCCAAAGUCUAUCAGAGGCUCCCUUACCACAUCCUAUAACCUGAUGAUCAUCCUGGCGCUUGCUAUUGCCUUUUGGGUGAACUAUGCAGUCAGCCUUUGGCCGAAUCAGGAUCCCGACAACAACAAGGCUUGGCAGUUGGCUCUUGGCAUUCAAUUAAUUCCCGGCUUUUUUCUAUUCGCUCUUAUUUGGUUCGUCGUUGAAACCCCCCGAGCCCUCAUUUCGAAAGGCAAACAAGAGCGUGGCCUCAAGAAUCUGUGCAAGCUGAGAGGCCUGCCCGUCGAACACCCAUACGUACACCAAGAGUAUCUGGAGAUCCUGGCGCAGUCAGAAGCCGAGCAAAGCCAAGCAAAGGGCCAUGGCUACAUUGUGGUUGUGAAAGACAUCGUCACCAACGCUAGUAACAGGCGAAGACUAUUCCUCGCUGUAAUGCUCUUCCUUUUCCAUAAGCUAACAGGUACUGACUCUUUGAACUACUUUGCGCCACAAAUCUUCGCCAUGAUUGGAGUUCCCAAAGGGUCGAGUUCUCUCUUGACAACUGGAGUCUAUGGAGUUGUGAAGCUUGUGACAACAAUCGUUUACGUCACUGUUAUUGUCGAUCGAGUCGGGCGUCGUCUUCCUCUCAUGAUUGGGGCUACGAUCCAAGCUACUGCGAUGCUCUACAUCGGACUCUUCCUUCGCUUCUCCGACGUUCAGCCUGGGAGUGGGACAACUCCUGGUGGCAUCGUGGGCAUCAUCAUGAUUUACCUUUAUGCCUUUGGCUGGUCUUUCGGCCACUCUGUCGCACCAUACGUGGUGGCCGCUGAAAUCUUCCCCUCGCGAGUUCGAUCGGUUUGCAUGUCCUGCUGCCUCUUCACAAACUGGAUCGUGAACUACGGUAUAACCUCCGCCACACCGCACAUGCUGAGCACCAUGAAGUAUGGCACGUUUUUGUUCUUCUCCAUCAUGACGUAUAUCGGUGUCAUCUUCGUCUUCUUCUGUCUCCCCGAGCUCAAGGGCCGAAGCAUCGAAUCCAUGGACGAUCUCUUUGCGAAUUCGCUUUGGACUAUGUUCAAGCGUGCCUACCCCACUGAAGAUGAGAAGGUUAGGCAUGAUGUUCAGGAGCAACUGCAGCAUGAGGAAGAUAAAGGUGUGUCGCAUGUAACAAUGGUUGAGGACAGUGGCAGGCGUGCUUAAGCGAUUAGCAACUACCUCAUGAUUUGGGAAUUCGGGCCAUAAAUACGGUCUGCAAAAGGAAGAUUCUUUUGUUCUAAGCACGAAAGGAAACAUUGAUUACGUAGCGAAUGCAAAGUCAUCACUCUCCAUAAUACCUUCUGAACUACCAGAAGCUUUCCGCAAUUUUGUUCGGUGGCUUAGUCUGGG